AUGAUUAAAAAUAAUAUAAAUACUACUUCAAGAAAUUCAAUUUCUCCUCAAUACCGUAAAAAACAUCGUCAAUUACCACAAGCUCCAGAAUCAACUGAAAAUGAUGGAAAUAAUAUGUCACCAUAUCCUUCCCCUCAUUUAUCACCAAACACUUUAAAAGAUAACAGACCAUACAAUUAUAAUGCUUUAGUUACACCAACAUUAAGAUCCAAAAUUUCACAUAGUAAUAAUCAGACAUACUUAUUAAACCCAAAUUCAAUAUAUUUUGAUAAUAAUACAAUUGAAAUGUCACCAGGACAACCAUUAAGAUCACAAAGUUUUCGCCAUCGUCAUCGACCAUUAAUGGAAGUUAAAAAAAAUAUACAUGAAGAUAAUAUUAAUAAUGGUGAAAGAAGAAAGUCAACCCCAAACAUUUCAAGAAGGUAUUCUUUACAAAAAGGAAGAAUUGAUUUAGUUAGGACUGAUGUUUGGGCACAACCUAAAACAAGAAGUGAGAUAGAGGAAAGAUUUUUAAAACUUCCUGACUCAGAAGAUUAUACACGUGUUAGGCAAUUUAAGAUUGAUGCUAAGGGAGCCGUCGUCUCAAGAGGAGAUUCAUUUAGAAGAAAAAAAAAUAAUAAAAAUGAAAAUAGUCCAUCACCUUUUGAGACGGAGUCUUCUCGUGGUGAGGGAAAUGAUUCACGUAGUGGAAGUAUUGGUUCAACAGAAUCAACAAAAUUAAUUCAAUCUGAUCCAUUAACAAAUAGUAAUACAUCAGGAACAGAUUCACAGAUGCCAUCAACAUCAGUACAAUCAUAUAAAAUUUGUAUAGUAGGAAGUGUUGGUACAGGAAAAUCAUCAUUAAUAUCACAAUUUAUAACAUCAGAAUAUCGAAAUACAUUUGUUUGUGAAACAGAAUAUUAUGACAAUCAUGUCUCAGUAUGUAUAGAUGGACAUGAAUGUGAAUUAAUUUUUUAUGAAGAUAAUUUACAAGAUGAGGAAAUAUGGAAAAAAGAAUUAUAUCAUGCAUAUGUCUUGGUAUAUGGAAUAGAUUCAAAAAGUAGUUUUCGUAAAGCAAUGAAUGCAAUAGAUGAUAUAAGAGAAAUAAAUAAAAAUGUACCAAUAAUAUUAACUGGAAAUAAAGCUGAUUUAGAAAGAAAAAGAAAUGUGGCUAGGAAUGAUGUUAAAUCAGUAAUAUUUCAAUAUAAUAUACCACAUUUUGAAAUAUCAGUAGCAUUAAAUCAUGAUGUUGAUGAUUUAUUAGUUGCCAUAAUAGCAGAAAUAAGAGAAAGUCGUGAUUGUUAUGGUAAUUUAAAAGUUAAAAAAGAUAAUAUUGAAAAUACAUUUGGUGAUGUUAAUUUACAAGAACAUGAUGAUUUCAAAGCAGCAAUAAGAAGAUUUUCACAAAGAAAAAAAAAGCAAAUGGGGCAUAUAGGAGUAACAGAAACUCAAACCCCAAAAUGUUCGAGCUUUAAUCCUGUAGGAUUAAUUGAAAGAUUUAGACAAUGGAGAAAAGGAUCAACAUAA